GCUCAUCGGCUCGUCAGCCUCCUCCGCGUCUCUUCAGCACUUCAGCGCGCGCGUGUUCUUUCUUCCUCUGUCUCUCUCUGCGGGCGCACGCGGUUCACUGGGCAAAGAUGGCAGAGAGUUUUGUCGGCACGUGGAACCUUAAGGAGAGCAAGAACUUCGAUGACUACAUGAAAGCUCUGGGUGUCGGUUUUGCGACACGCCAGAUUGGCGGUUUAACCAAACCCACCACCAUCAUUUCCCUCGAUGACGGCGUUUUUACACUACAGACCGUCAGCACUUUCAAGUCUACAGAAAUCAAAUUUAAGCUGGGAGAGGAGUUCGACGAGACCACAGCAGACGACCGUAAAUGCAAGUCACUGGUGACCCUUGAAGGAAACAAGCUGAUCCACACUCAGAAGUGGGACGGCAAAGAGACGACUCUCGUCCGAGAAGUGGACGGUGACAACCUCAUGCUGACGUUAACCCUUGGGGAUGUUGUGUGCACACGGCACUACACAAAAGGGUGAAGUCCUGAGGUUUCUCACACAACUGUCUUUGUUCCUACUGAAAAACAAAAACCCCUUUCCCUUGUCAGACAUUUCCAAAAGUUGUUAAUAAUCCAUAACGCAAAAUAAACAAAAUAAAACUUCAAGCUUGCACCUCAAAAA